AUGGUAAGUGAACAACAAUCCUUUCCCCAGAUUCCAACUCUCUUCCCGUUUCGUCUACAGACGAGACCAGCAGGGAUCUCUGAACUUUCGGCUGAUUUGGUGCUUUGGCAGGAUGGAUCCGCUAUAAACCCCAAUGAAAUCAAUCGCUUCGAAGUCACAGAAGUCUACGCACAUCCCCAAGCUGAAGUAGACAUCGUACUGGUUCAUGGAUUGAACGGUCACCCACAGCAUACGUGGACGGCGAAGAAUGGUAUCUUCUGGCCCACGGCUCUUCUCCCAGUGACCUUCAGCUCCAAAGAUCCAAACAAAUCUGCAAAGGUUCGCAUACUCGUCUAUGGAUACAAUGCGGAUGUGGUAGCUUUUGCAGAGAAAUCCGCCUCGCACGACAGGAUACAUGAACACGCACAAAGUUUGGUAUCUAGCUUGGCGCUAGAGAGGAAGAGUGAAGAGGCCGAAGAAAACCCAAUCAUUUGGGUGGCGCAUAGUUUGGGUGGUAUCUUGGUAAAACGAGCACUAGAAAUUUCCCACGAUUAUCAAGGAAAGAGCAAUGACGAGAUUCGUUCCAUUGCUGUCUCGACUUUCGGUAUCAUCUUUCUCGGUACUCCUCAUACGGGUGCUGAUCCGGCGAAAUGGGGAUUGAUUUUCCAAGGGAUGGUAUCGGCUUUAAUGCCGAAGAAAGCUAUGGACUCGGAAUCAAUUCUCAUCAAAACUUUGACGACAAAUAAUGAAACACUUGCCAAUAUCAAUCUUCAUUUCCUCGACAUUUAUCAACGCUUCAAGAUUUGUAUGGCACAUGAGAGUUUGAAGACGGACUUUAAAGGAACAAAAGCUUUUAUCGUUGAUCAAACUUCCGCCAGUCCUCUACUUCCAGAUGUCUCCUACUUUGGUAUCGAAGCUACACACAGCGGCAUGUGCAAAUAUGAAAGCAAAAGAGCACCAGGUUACAUGAAUGUCUCUACCAAGAUCAAGACAUGGGCUUUGGAAGCUUCCCCAGUAAUUCGUGCUCGCUGGAGACAUGAGAUAAAGAAACGAGCCGAGGAAACAGAAGCACAAAUCAGAGAGCUUAGAGGUCAAUUCGAAGAUCCAACUUUAGCGCCGGGAACUCCAAAACAACCACAGGGUAUGUACCAUGGUAGCUCUCCAAGUCAUCAUCAACCCGUGUUGACUGAGUCUCCACGAGCAAGACCUAUUUUUGAUUAUGAGGUGUCGGAAGUGGAGGAGGAAGAUUUUGAGAUGGCGGAUCAUUUAUCGAAUUCAGUACAAACUAUUGCAAGUCUUGAGCCCGAUGUGUCAGACGAUAGUGCAGAAUAUUUUAUCAAACCACCCGGAUUUCGUCCCAAUUCCAUAUUUGUUGGUCGACGCGAAGAGUUGGCUGAAAUGCAUAGAAUGCUUUUUGAUGAACAGCGAAGAUCCCAAGGCUCGUGUGCUGUUUUGAUCCAAAGUAUGCCUGGUGGUGGUAAGACUCACUUGGCUCGACAGUAUGCAUUUGAAUACAGACACGAAUUUCCCGGUGGUGUUUUCUGGAUUCGAGCGAAAAGUAAACAGGAAAUCACCGCAGGCUUUUGGCAAAUUGCGAAAAAGGCAGCUUUGAAACCUUCGAUGGUUAAUGAAGAUCCAAAAGUUCUCGACAAUCCGGAUCAAUUUAUUAAAUUGGUCAAGAAGUGGUUAAAUCAUCGACAUCACUGGCUUUUGAUACUGGACGGUAUGCACUUUGAUGAUAGCUUACGAAGAUUUAUUCCCGAUAGUAUCAACACUAGUAUCAUCUAUACAUCAACGGAGAAGUCUGUCAGUGGCGAUCAUCAUUUUAUGAACCCACAGGUUUUGAAAUUACCAGCCCUUUCCGCCAGAGAAGCUCAACAUCUUUUGUUACGAGAACUGGACAAGAAGGAGCCGUAUGUUCAAGAUGACCUCAGGCACUCUAUGGAAUUGGUUCAAGCGAUGCAAUUCUUACCGGUAGUUAUUCAUGUCGUUGCUCAACGAUUGAAAGCUACCGAUGAACCACUUGCAAGAUAUGCUAGAUCUUAUGCAUCGGCACCAAAGGGUUUAAGGGAACUUCAGGCUUUCGCAUCGGUGGUUGAACAAUUGGAAAAGUUGGGUGCUUAUGAAACUCUCAAUCUGAUCCAUAUCUUGUGCUUCUUCAGUCAACAUCUUCCGGUUGAGAUGAUUGCACUAGGUUUGGAUGCACUCGAUGUUCCAAUUAGAGCCAGCGAGCCUAUUACUGGUAGAUCAUUAAACAACACAUUCAAAGUAUUGAACAAGUUCGCUUUGAUAGACCGGAACGAACACGAAGCCUCACUCGGCUCUUCCCAAACUUCAAAAGGUAGCAGAGAUUUGUUGUCAGAUGAUAUCGAUGUCAUCAGGCUACACAGUGUCGUCCAAGGAUUCUUUGUGGAUACUUUACAUGCGAAAAAAGAAUUGCCAAUGUGGCUCGACCGAGCCAUUUCAGUUUUCUGCUACUCAUUCGAACAAGCAAACGAUCGCAUCACACAAAAAACACGAACUGGUCUCGUGGAAGACUAUCGACUGUACGAAAUCCAUGGCAUGAGACUUCAAAGUCAUCUUGAGAGGCACAAAAAGGAAUACAUCAAGCAUCAUAAGAAAGAGACUUUAGAUCCAGAUGCGACUUGUAUCAUGCUGGAUGAUGUAUUAACUGCAAUUAGAAGUGAGAUCCAACGACGCACUCCAGAAUCUUCUCACGUCAUUGCUGGAGGUCAACCGGAAGCAUUCCAAACAUCGAUAUUUGAUCGGACGGGUAGUUCAUCUGAUACUGGCGCCGAUGCCGAAACACCUGCGGAUAAAUUUUGUGAUGGUUCUCCUUGGGUUCUUGGGCCUCACAUUGAAUCCCCUAAGAGUCUUGUUCAUGAUCCGGAUUUCCUUCAACAGGUGGAAAAUAUCAAACAAAUUCGAUUCCCACCUCAACUUCCCAAGGAAGAUACUGGAUAUGAUAGUGAGUUAGAAGGCUCUACCAUGACACUACAGCCACCAAAGUCUUUGGCCCCUUCAGCUGGCUCUCCUGAGAGUCCUGGAGGUCCGUGGGAAGUUGUCAAGCCUCGGCGUUCAAGAGUUACGGCUCCGAAGCUUGAUCUUCAUAGAACCAUUCGUGCUCAGGAGUCAAGAAGAUACCGUAAUCGUGCAGGCUCUUUUCGUUCAAUGACUCCUGGAGGUUUUUCCGAUCCACGUGUGACUAGUGUUACAGCACAUGGUGAAUUACAACAACCUGCUAUUCGACCACAAUCUCGUGGUACUUUGUCUGGUCAAUCGAGUGCGAGGGUAGCGCUCGCUCAUAUCAGUAAAUCGAGUCCACCUCCAGUUCGAGGAGGUGGUCCUAUUCAAAAUCGAAGAGCCCCCACGCAUAAGUUGACAGAAACGAAUCUUAUCACUAGGACACCAACUUAUGCAUCGGCUGUUUCUGGCCCAACGAGAGAUACUGCUUCAAGACAUGGCACUGAAGAAAACUUUAGUGAUACGACAUCAAACCUUGGAUACCCGGAACCAACAACAGCUGUUGCCGCUUUACAACGUAUUCCUCAUGAUACAGAGACUCAAUCACCACAACCGCACGUACCUUAUACUCGUAUGCCACCAUAUCCUCAUACACCGGAUCUGUAUUAUCGACAACCAUAUUCUGCAGCUAGUAGCAACAUGUAUAAUACGCCAAUCACGAACAACAGUCAAGAUAGUUUCAAACCAAUACCAGAUCCCUUUGAGACUAUCUAUCCAAUCAUGACAGGUCCACCUCCUUUGACAAGAUCAUCAAUACCAUACACAUCAUUGUCACCAUCACUAAAGAGGGAUCUACCCCACGACUAUCCGAGUUGGGAUUCACAAUCUUAUCCCAACUCAUUACAUAACUCGAUGCAAAAUCCAAUCCCACAUCAAGGCAAUCCUCAGAGUCCUCAUCACCUACUCCGACCAACUCAAUUCCAAUCAAUCUCCUCACCCAACCUUCUUCCUUCUCAGUAUCGACCCACCCCUUCAACAUACUACCCCGGCCGUCCCGAGUUCUCCCACUCCGACACAACAAGUAUAACAACCUCGCGGACCUCCCCCCAAGAAUCAGGCUACACAUCCCAACCCCUCUCCCGCAACCCCUCGGGCCAAUCAACCCACUCCACCAUUUCUCUCCCCCGGCCUUCCCCUCACCCCUGCUCAACCUCCACCUCCGCAUCAAAAGCACGCCGUACAUCUCUCGCCGAAACCGAACCUCUCCCCCAACUCCCCUUUUCUCCUCGAGUGGGCCCGCAGGCCAUGAGUCCGCAGAUAAGCUAUCAAAUCUCCUCGGCCCACUAUCUAAACCACGCACCGUACCAAGAUCGCGAAAGAGGAAUGGUGAGAAAGAGUCCGAGAUUAGCGUUCGCGCGCGCGGUAGUCGGUGAUGAUGCAGCGAGAAUCUUGUACGAAAAUCAAGAGAGGGAGAGAGAUUUGCAGAGACUGGGGCAGGGACAGGGACAGAACCAAUAUGUUUCGUCGCAAGCGAGGAUUCCGAGGACUUUUAAUCCUUUGGCGCCGAAUUUUAGUCCGAGGAUGAGUGCGGCAGGGAGUGGGAGUCAGAUGGGAUAUUUGGGGGCAGAGUGAGGAGAGGAGAGUAGGGGUCGGGGCUGGGGUGAGGGAUUUGAGUUUUGUUU